CGUUGAAAUAAACGUCAGUGAAGAUUACUUCGGUGAAGUUCAAUCAUCGAGUUUGUUCACAAUAGCAUAUCCCCACUCUGUGAAUAUCAUAAAAAUGGUGGACCCGAAAACCCAAUCGGCCAGUCAAUUGGAACCGAGCAUUCAGACCAUUGACGAUGUUAUUAAAGGGGCUUCUAACGUGAAUGCAGUGCCGUUGUGGCCCCAGAUGGUCAAGUAUAAUCCACCGAAACCGAAUCCGCGUUGCGUCCCUCAUAUUUGGAGAUAUGAGGAAGUCCGGCCGUAUCUAGUCCGAGCGGGAGAGCUCGUGAAAGAUAAAGACGCUGAAAGAAGGGUACUUAUGCUGGUCAACCCGGAACGAGAGGGUCCAUACACCACGGAUACACUAUAUGCUGGUCUACAGUUGGUGAUGCCUAAUGAGACUGCUCCUGCGCACCGUCACACCGCCUUUGCCAUGCGCUUCGUAAUUGAAGGUAACGGUGGGUUUACCGCUGUGCAUGGGAAGCGCAUUCAAAUGAAUAGAGGAGAUGUCAUCCUCACUCCAACCUGGAACUGGCACGAUCAUGGAAAGGAUGGUUCUGGGCCCAUGAUCUGGUUAGAUGGCCUCGACCUUCCCUCAUUCAUCCACUUCCCGGUUCACUUUGUUGAGCACUUUGACAAACCAAGAUACCCUGCGGAGAGUGUUGAUACCAGUCAGAGUCCAAUCGUAUUCCCAUGGAGUAAGAUGAAGAAGCAGCUGGAUGACAGGCCAGGAGAAUGGGUGGCAGAGGAGUACCGGAAGGCCGACGGGAGUUAUGUAAGCAAAACUCUGAAUCCAUCUGCAGAGCGGGUAAACAAAGGGGCAUCCUCCAGACCUCGUCGCGAGACCACGUCAUCCGUUUACCAUGUUAUCAUGGGGGGUGGAUAUUCGAAUAUCAACGGAGAGAAGUUUGAAUGGAAAGAAGGGGACACCUUUUGCAUUCCAUCUUGGUAUCAAUACCAGCAUUUUGCUGGCCCUAACGAGACUGUCUAUUUGUAUCGCUUUGAUGACAAGCCGAUGAUUGAAGCAUUGGGUUUUUACCGCUGGGAAGGUAUGGAUACAGAGGAUCUUGUGACAUAAGUAGGGGUUAAUAAAUAAGUUGCGGUGCUGUUGAUGAAAGUUUUAAGGGCGAUG